GGCGGUGGUACGGCGAGAGAGAGAAGGGGAAGCCGGAAGGGGCGCGAGUGAAGCUUUGGGGAGAAGACAGCUCCCGAGAAGGAGAGGGGUGCGCGUGCGCCCGCCUCUCCCCCCGCUAACUCUCGCCUGGUCCCUGCUGUCCUCUCUUACGGCCAGGUGACACCUAGGCCCGGUCCGCUGCCCACUGCCUGGGUGGCUAGCAGCGCGCGCCCUGCCCUCGCGAUUGGCGCCGGCCGCCCCUCCCCCUCGUCCAGUCCAUCCCGUCGCGUCCAGUCCCUUUGGGUGCCGCCGGCCGGGUGCCGAUGCGCGUCGGCUGCAGCGGGGCUUUUUUCUGACUCCUGGUCCCUUCCCUGGCUGCCCGUCCCGCCCCGUCGCGGGGCCGGCCGCUUCUCCGGCCCCAGGAUGCAGAAUGUGAUUAACACGGUGAAGGGAAAAGCACUGGAAGUGGCUGAGUACCUGACCCCGGUCCUCAAGGAAUCAAAGUUUAAGGAAACAGGUGUUAUCACCCCAGAAGAGUUUGUGGCAGCUGGAGAUCACUUAGUCCACCACUGUCCAACAUGGCAAUGGGCUACCGGGGAAGAAUUGAAAGUGAAGGCAUACCUACCAACAGGCAAACAAUUUUUGGUCACCAAAAAUGUGCCAUGCUACAAGCGGUGCAAACAGAUGGAAUAUUCAGAUGAAUUGGAAGCUAUCAUUGAAGAAGAUGAUGGUGAUGGGGGAUGGGUAGAUACUUAUCAUAACACAGGUAUUGCAGGAAUAACCGAAGCAGUUAAGGAGAUUACAUUGGAAAGCAAGGACAGUAUAAAACUUCAAGAUUGCACAGCAAUAUGUGAGGAGGAGGAAGAAGAAGAUGAAGGAGAAGCUGCAGAUAUGGAAGAAUAUGAAGAAAGUGGAUUGUUGGAAACAGAUGAGGCUACCCUAGACACAAGGAAAAUAGUAGAAGCUUGUAAAACUAAAACUGAUGCUGGAGGUGAAGAUGCUAUUUUGCAAACAAGAACUUAUGACCUUUAUAUCACUUAUGAUAAAUAUUACCAGACACCACGAUUAUGGUUGUUUGGCUAUGAUGAGCAAAGGCAGCCUUUAACAGUUGAACACAUGUAUGAAGACAUCAGUCAAGAUCAUGUGAAGAAAACAGUGACCAUUGAAAAUCACCCUCAUCUCCCACCACCUCCUAUGUGUUCAGUUCACCCAUGCAGGCAUGCUGAGGUGAUGAAGAAAAUCAUUGAGACUGUUGCAGAAGGAGGAGGAGAACUUGGUGUUCAUAUGUAUCUUCUAAUUUUCUUGAAGUUUGUACAAGCUGUCAUUCCAACAAUAGAAUAUGACUACACAAGACACUUCACAAUGUAACGGAGAGAGCAUAGAAUCUAUCCUAAUUAUUGUUUCUGAUUUUUAAACAAUUAACCCAUAGAUGUGACCAUUGACCAUACUCACCAAUAUGUACAAUUUCUCUAACAAAGGGACUUAUAUGUUUAUGCAUUAAAUAAAAAGAGUUCCACUACCAGACUUAUUUGUUUAAUAAAAAUGAGUGUAAAGA